CCAGUCACGGUGGGCGAGCUUCUGCCGCAAGCUCUUGCCAAGUGACCGCCCAACCAAAUUUCAGCAUCAUUGCAUCCGGGUACGACCCUACUAAUACGGUUCAAGAACAAUGGCUGCACAGCUCCACAAUUUACGGUCACCGUAAUCUCAAGCUGGCGUCUACAGCCAGUCUGCCAGAUCCGGGCCAGUCGCAGAUUAAAGAUGCGAGAAGUCAUUGUUGCAUUUCUAUACUGCGCUGCAUCUCGGUUGUGUUCUAAUACACCGUGGCCCCGCAGUGCAUGAAGCAGGAUGCUUCAAGUUGCGCCAAUCGGAAAGCUCGUGUUGAUGAUUUGCCUGAUCAUCGUACAUCUCCUCAUCAUUAGUGAGGUAUCAUCCGUCGAGGUUCCGGAUGUAUACAAGGCACUUCUCAGUCAUUUUGGAUUGACUGCAGCUGCCUUUCUACGGAUCGAAUCAUACAUAAUGUUGGGGUUAAUCUGCUUUGUUACAUCACUCCAUGCGGCAGACCUUCUACUCGAACGUUACUACGCAGGCGUCGUAUCGCAUCAUCCUACAAUUCAUGAAAACCUUUGUAGAUGGCUGUCUUCAGGAGCUCCGUGGCUUGCUUUAGGAAGUCAAUGGAUGUUCUGUGUUACGCGUGAGGCGAUAGACAUCCAGCUGAUGUCUCGAGCUUCAAGUUGGUGGAUAUUCCUACCGCAGAUGAUCCCCUUGGCCUCACAAGUUUGGUCGAUAUGCCGCAACUGGGAAGAGGUGGUAGACCUCUCGUCUGGCUCCGCUUGUCAAGCUCUGUGCUGCGUAGAUGACAUGCAACAUUGUAGUCCAGCUGCGAGUCGGCGAGGCGACUGGUCGUCGAAGACCACGCACCCCGAGUCGACAACAUGUGUCAUAUCCCCAAGGAGCCCCAUCUGUGAUCUGAGAGUGGAGAGUUAUAAAGAAUACCGCCUGAACUGCAAAUACCGCAGACCCGUACACAAGCCAGAAAGAUGGCAAUCACCAUAUGCUACAGCGAAAAGCCGCCGCCACCGCAUGUGCUCUCCGUACGACCACCCCCUUGCGGACGCCCAACCCGUCCAAUAAAGGGCAGUACAAUAGAAAAACCAACAGGGCAGAACUUUUCAUAGUAUCUCCCGUAGGUUUGUUUUCAGCAUCUUUUUAUUUAUUUGUCUCCUUGUAUGUGUGGACUCUAAACCCAGUUACACGUCUGAAAUAGUAUACCCUCGACGAUGUCGUCUGUGGAGCCUAUAAUAGCACCUAGUUCCAUAUAACACAUGUAUGUAAUUUGAAAAGAACGCAUAUACGACUACAUCUACCUUUGUUGGUUCUGGGCUCAUCAAGUUGUUAGCAGCUACCUGAACUUCCUCGGGGAUUCCAGAUACUCUGGCGACGU